CCCACUCCGCCUCCACCGCGAUCUUGUUCUCAGUUCUGCGGCGGCGAUUCCAUUUUCCAAAAAAAAAAAAAAAAGUUCUGCGGCGGCGAUGGCGCUCUCCUCCUCCCGGCCGCACCACCUCCUCCGGGGCUUCCACGCCUCCGCGCGGGCCCUGGCGCGGGCGGAGCCGCACGAGUUCGCCAAGCCCAGCGGGUACCUGGGCAGCUGGGAGCCCGCGGCCGAGCCCCGGGAGGCGUGGGCGCGGCUGGACCGGCUGCGCAAGGGGUACGCGCGCGACGUGCGCCAGCUGCGGCGGCAGUACGCCUACGAGGUGCAGCUGAUGGACGCCGAGCGGCAGCGGAAGGCCGACGCCCGCGCCGAGGCCGCCCGCAUCGCCAACCAGGAGCGCAAGGCCGCCAAGCUCGCCGCCGCCCAGACCCGCGCCGCCGAGCGCCGCGCGUUCGAGGAGGACUUCCGCCAGACCCUCAUGAAAGAAAGAGCUGAGAAGCUGGAGAGCUGGCGAAAAAAGGAGAAGCUCAAAGAGCAGAAGAAGGCAGAACAGAAGGAGCUCCUGCGCAGGAAGAGCAGUAUGUGGCUUUCUGAAGAUAAAAUUGAACAACAAAUACUCACUGCUAUCAUGCAAACCACUCCUCUAUGAGGUUGGUUCUGUGAGGAAAGCUAAUAGUAGCAUGCGAAUCAUGAGGGGACGGACAUCACAUGGACGUAUUCAUCGCUUCCUGCGAGAACUAGUUUGCUGCUAGCAGGCAGCCCUAUGUAUGAGCAAUAAGAAUGAACUUGGUAUUUAACGUGGAAAAGGUCAUUGUUUGUUUAGUUAGAUUUGAAUCACACCAACCUGUGCUUGGAGAUUAUGGCUCUUGGCUAAGCAGAAAUGAUUUAGCUGGCCCGCGUCUGAGUUUGCUGCCCUCCUUUUCAUGUCACGGAUUAGGAUCCGUCUGUUGUUCUCACUUGCAUAGUUGCAUAAAACUCUUGGCAUGAUCUGGACGGAACAUAUGCCUUUCCUUUCCCUUUUGGCAAUUAGGCCUUGUUUA